AAUGUAAAAACUCUCUUGGUUGCAUCGAAGUUAUUGUUAGCCUAGCAGCUCUACCUGCGGCAGGUCAGGCUUGAUGGCGCCAGCUAGGCUAAAACGACGCCAGUGAUUGUACCUUUGUUCAUUGUAGGACACUUUCUAUUUCUCAACUUUGUCUGAAAUAUGAUGCGAUUAAUAGUAUGCUACAGUAAUUUAGCUAGUUAACAAACAUAACGUUAGCUAGCUAGCUGACAUAGCUUGAACUAGGACUUUAACUUAAGUAACGUUAGCUUUCUCGCUAUAGUGGUUAGUUAACAGACAAUGGUAAUUUGUUAGUGGUGGGUCAGUAAUCAAAUGACAACUUUCUAAAUAUGUUUAAGACUAGCUAGUUAGCUAACUUUUUAAAUGGGAAAACUUUAGCUGGUUAGCUAGCUAUUUUCAUCUAUUGAAAACAUCCAGGCACAAAUAUCUUCGUUACCAUGGUCACCAGCAAAGAUUUGUUUAACUAAACCAAGAUAUGAUAUGACAGAUAUGUCGUUUCCAAUGGGAACAAAUGAAUCAUAGUGGGCAGAGCCAAGCACGAACUAAGGAAGUCCUAUUGCCCUGUUCAAGCAUACGUCUUCGAAUUUCAGUUGGCCUACCCUGUGAAGUGCGCGUGUGCACUCGUCUUUUCACUCCUUGUAAAUAAAGCGAUUUUGGCAAAACAGUACAAAACUUAGUAUAAUCUGUUUAUAACAGGUUCUAGUUUUGGAAACAAACGUUUAAUAAAGAGAAAAUCCAUCUCCUCCGACUGCCCGGUCAUUGGGCUUCCUCUCGCUACCAUAUUUGGUAGUGUUUGGAAACGCCAAGUGGAUGCUUCACAUUUAUACAUCAGGAAUAUAGAGUGAGUGUCAGAAGUUUCAUAAGGCUCUUCAUCAUGGCGAGUCAGUCGAUGGAGAUCAUGGCCAAGGCGCUGGAGCAGCAGGUGCUGCAGUCAGCCAGGAUGGUGGAGGAGCAGCUGGAUGCAGAGCUGGGGAAGCUGGAGCGCAUGGAUGACGAUGAGAUGGAAAAGCUGAAGGAGAGGAGGAUGGAGGCCCUCAAGAAAUCCCAGAAACAAAAGCAGGAGUGGCUGGGUAAAGGGCACGGGGAGUACAAGGAGAUUCCCAGUGAGAAAGACUUCUUCCCUGAGGUGAAGGAGAGCAAUCGAGUGGUCUGCCAUUUCUACAGAGACUCCACCUUCAGAUGCAAGAUCCUGGAUAAGCACCUUAGCGUCCUGGCCAAGAAGCACCUGGAGACCAAGUUCAUCAAGCUGAAUGUGGACAAGGCUCCAUUCCUGACAGAUAGGCUGCGGAUCAAGGUGAUUCCCACGCUGGCGCUGGUAAAGGAUGGGAAGACCAAGGACUACAUAGUGGGUUUCACAGACCUAGGAAACACAGACGAGUUCCCCACAGAGGUGCUGGAGUGGAGAAUGGGCUGCUCUGACAUCAUCAACUACAGUGGUAACCUCAUGGAGCCCCCCACCCUGACACAGAAAUCUGGUUCGAAGUUCAUCAAAGUGGAGAAGACCAUCAGGGGGAGAGGACACAACUCAGACUCUGAAGACGACUAGAAGACCCUGUCAGCCAUCAACUUCCGUCUCUCUCGCUGGGCUACUAACCGGCAGAACCAUCUCUUCCUGUUUUGUUCCUUUCCCAUGUUUAUCAUUUUCCUAUUUAUCCCAGUCUUCCAUGCUUUGUUUUGUGUGUGUGUGGACUUAAUCAUACGAGUUCAUAUUUAAUUACAUUCAAGUGCUUUUUGGUUGUUUAUUUCCAACCUGCAAAGAAAAGGAUACCUAUCUGAGCCAAUGAACUUUCUGCCCUAACUGACUCAUUGAUUCCAAAUGAAGUCUACAACUGGAUACCUUCAGACCUGAUGCUGUUACCAUUUAACAUUAUAAAUAAUCAUCCUUGCUAACACUAUGGCUAGCUAAAUUAACAUCGAUCCAUGUCAUUUGUCGACACGAUUUGUGGGGGAAAACUUCAAUCCAGCUUUUCAUGAGCAAGUGCCAAGGUCAGCUGCAUUCCACAGCCACCUCCUUUGUGUCAAUGUGAUUGGUAGCACAGGUUUGAGUUUUCUAUAAAAAUAAGCUGAUCAUCACUGGCA